AGCCAUUCCUUCAUUUGUAACAACACCCGCCACCGGAAGCUGAUGGCGCGCUUCACAAAUGUUUUGUUUAUAACAAGAAUUGCUCACAGUAAUGGCUAAUCUUUAGUAUUUGUGUUAUUUCAACAUUUGCUGAGACAUGGAAACAGAAUUACUGCACGAGGUACCAGAAUCCUUGAAAAGAUUGGUCCGCCUCAUAGUACGAGGUUUCUACAGUAUUGAACAUGCCAUUAUUUUAGAUCUUUUAGUGCGACAUCCUUGUAUGAAGGAAGAUGACAUUAUUGAUUUGUUGAAGUUUGAGCGCAAACAGUUACGUUCUAUGCUGAAUACUCUGAAAAUGGAUAAAAUUGUGAAAGUGCGCAUGAGGGUUGAGACCGAUGCUGAGGGUCACACCACUCGACACAACUACUAUUUCAUCAACUAUAAAGUUUUUGUCAAUGUUGUCAAAUAUAAAUUGGACCACGUCCGUCGAAAGAUUGAAGCAGCUGAGCGUCAGAGCACAAGUCGGUCAUCCUUCAAGUGUACACAGUGUGAGAAGACCUACACUGACCUGGAGGCCGGUCAGUUAUUAGACCCUUACACCGGUUUAUUAAUGUGUAUGAUUUGUCAGGUAGAGGUGGAGGAAGAUGAGAGUGCAAUACCGAAACAAGAUGCACGGACAAUGUUAGCAAAGUUCAAUGAACAAAUCCAACCGAUAUAUGACUUGCUGAAAGAAUGUGAAGAUGUGCGGUUGGCACCGGAGAUUCUUGAACCAGAACCUGUUGAUAUGAAAUCAAUUACACAAAAAUCCCAAAGUAAUAAUCCCAAAUAUGAUAAUAAAUCAGUGUGGAGUGGUGAAGCAACAAAAAACAUCAGCUAUGGCUAUGAGGAGAAUACAGUGACGAUCACAGUGUCAGAUGAAACGAACCAGCGAGACAACAAACCUGUGAAAGAGCAGCCGGUCUGGAUGAAAGAGAGUACAAUUGAGAAGCCAACAGCUGUUGUUAGCAAGCCAGCUGAAGUGAUGCAUAAGCCAAGCACAUCCAGGGCAGAAUCUAUGGAGUGCAGUGACGACAUCAUGCGAACACUUUUAGUGCAUGAGAAGAAAUCUGUAGCUUCAGCUGCAUUAAUGGCUCUCUUCUCAGGUAGUGACCAUGGGUCAUCGAGUGACUCAGAUGAAGAAACAGCUCAACCAUCAACGUCAGUGACCGGUGUGGAGGAGAUGGACAGUGGAGAGGAGGAAGAAGAGGAGGUGCCCAUGGUUUCCAUCGGAGACAUGCGUAUUCCUCUACAUGAAGUUACUGACAACAUGGUGACCCAAAUGACAGCUGAAGAGAAAGAGAAUUAUAUCCGACUCGGACAAGAGCUUUAUCAACAUCUCUAUGAAUGAGAACCACAGCAAUGGACGAGUGGGUUUUUUUUGGGGGCCUCUAGGGACUACGGGAUGGUU